AGUGUUAUGGCAUCGUUAUCGUUACCUAGAGUAUUGCAUCCACGAAAAACUAGCUUGGAAAUUGAGAGGGAGAAUUUCGAGAAGGCACAGACUGCAUGAUAUGACUAUUUUUUAAUUUAUUUAUGACGCUUUUACUAAUACAUUGCAUGGUUAAUGGAAAAUGGAAACUGAAAAUAAAAGAAAUGGUUAUCCAACCUAUAAUAUGGUUAAUCUGAUGGUAACAGAGAAAGAUUAUAACAAAUAUGCUACUGCCAUUCAUAAAGCUAUAAACAACCUCGAAGUGCCUGUAAAGCAAAAACAUGUUCGUUCCGCCAUCAUUGGUACCUUUCGGGAGCAAGGUGCCCAGACGUUUUGGGCGGUUACCCUUAGGCUUCCAUAUCUCGACGACAGGAUCGUCGCUUGGAAACUGUGUCACGUAGUCCACAAGGUUUUAAGGGAGGGACACCCCCUUUGUCUCGUACACAGUCAGAGACACAAGAGGGACAUUGACGAAAUGGGAAAAUUAUGGGUACAUUUGAGAGAUAGUUAUGCUAAAAUGAUUAGGCUUUAUUGUAAUUUGUUAAUGACAAAGUUGGACUUCCACAAGAGAAACCCGAGAUUUCCCGGACAUUUGGGGGUCACUAACGAGGAGUUAGAAUCAAUUGCUGCAGGUGACAUAAACAAUUAUUUUCAGCUAUCUGUUGAAAUGUUCGACUAUUUAGACUGCAUUUUGGAAUUACAAGCAGCAAUUUUUGGUUCCUUGGACAUGUCAAGGUCUAAUUCAAUGACUUGUGCGGGUCAGUGUAGAUUAGCACCCCUCAUUCCUUGUAUACAGGACGCCGCAAGACUGUAUGACUAUUGCGUUAAAAUAUUAUUUAAAUUACACUCGUCACUGCCUCCUGAUACCUUGUCCGGUCAUCGAGACCGAUUCCUUAAGGAAUUUAAGGAGUUAAAAGCUUUUUAUCAAAACACUAACAAUCUUCAGUAUUUCCGAAAUCUGAUUACCGUUCCACCUUUACCGGAGAAUCCACCGAAUUUUUUGCUUCAAGCGGAAUUGAGAACGUACGUUACCCAAGAGGUGACCGUUCCAGAGGAGGAAGAGCCAAUUUCUGAGGCAAAUUUAGUGGACACAACUGAUAAUAGUAAUAGUAACAGUAACGACACUAACAGCCAUGGUUCUUUAUCGCCAGCUCCACCCCCCCAUUAUUUUGAACUUAUUCAUGAACGAGACAUGUUGAUAAAACAUUUGCAAGAUGAAAUUGAAAGGCAACGACAUGAAACCAAAGCAGCGUUUAAGGAAAAGCAGAAAACAUUGGCGAAAUUGGAGGAAAAGGUGAACAGUUUGGAAACUGAAUUAGCCACAAAAGAAAGUGAACUAAUUCAAGAAAGGCAGAUUAAAGAGGACCUAUUUCAGCAAGCAACAGCAGUGGCCCAUUCGCAGGACUCUGAACAGAAAAUGAAAGAUGAAAAAUUUAACAAAAUCAAAGACCUGUACGUUAAAUUACGUGAAGACCAUAUAGUCGUUUUGAGACAGAAAGGCGAAUUACAGAAAAAUGUAACAACUUGUAACAAACGAGUACAAGAGCUAGAGCAAAGUAUUGUUGAUUUGAGAGAUCAGAUGAAGGAAGUGGAACUUCACCAUGUUAAAGAACAAGAAAAGCUACAGCAGUCCUCUGUAGAGGUGUCUGAAGAAUUGGAAAAUUUGAGGAGAGAUAAAGACCUUUUUAAUAUGGAAACUGAAGUGUUACGGAAAAGCAUAGAAGAUGCAAACAGGGAUAAAAAUGCAUUAAACGAUGAAUUGAUAAAAGUCAAAGCCUACAAACAGGACAUUGAAGAACGAAUAAGUGACCUUUUGACCAGCAACGAAAAUCUACACAAGGAAAUAGAGCAAACGAGGUUGGAUAAUAUGGAUAAAAUCAAAGAAAUUCUCGUAAAAUCAAUGGAAGAGAGUGAAAUUAUAGUAAAGAGAUCAAUACAUGAAAUUGAUAAUCCUGCUUUGGCAGCAGUUACCUGUACCACCGACUACCUCCGAAGUCUAAAAGCUGGAUGUUUGGAAGCAUUAGAUUCAGCCCUCACAGUUUCCUUCGACAAACCCUCAAAUCUUGUAGCAUCGUCAUCUAGAAUAGCCCACAGACUAGCGACGUUUUUACUGCAAGGAAGAGCCACAUCUAACACUAGCCCAGACAUCAUGUUUGGAGAAAAAAUGGCUGAUGCUUGUAAACAACUUGGUGAAAGUACAAUUCUGGUUUUGGAGUCCCUUAGGAAGGGCCAAUCAGCUGAAAAAGAAGUGGAAUUGACGAAAGAACGACUAAAUGGGGUAUCUUCCCUUGCAGAGACCAUUAGCGGUUCCUUGAAGGGUGAAACAGCGGAAAGUUUAGCUGAUAUGAUAGAAAACGAAAUGGCUGCCAUGGAUAAAGCAAUUGAAGAGGCUGCGAAAUUAAUUCAGGAAAUGUUAAGCAAAUCUCGGGCUGCAGACUCAGGAAUAAAACUGGAGGUCAACGAAAAGAUCCUAGACUCUUGUACAACUCUCAUGCAGGCAAUUCGAAUUUUAGUACAAAAAGCAAGAUUUUUACAAAACGAAAUUGUUGCUCAAGGAAAGGGAACUGCAAGUGCAAAAGAAUUCUAUAAGAGGAACCAUCAGUGGACUGAUGGAUUUAUUUCAGCAGCCAAGGCAGUUGCUGUUGCAGCAAAAUUGUUACUUAAUGCGGCUGACAAAGCUGUUAGUGGACAGGGUAAGUUGGAGCAUUUGGUGGUAGCUGCCCAAGAAAUAAGCGCUUCAACCGCCCAGUUAGUGGUAGCUAGUCGCGUUAAGGCCAACAGAAACAGCGACAAUUUACAACAAUUGACGCAGGCGUCUAAGAGCGUUACGAACGCUACUGGAGGCGUCGUUGCAACAGUUAAAGACUGCAGUUCGCUCAUAGAUGAAGCAGAUGAAAAAUUUAACAAAAUCAAAGACCUGUACGUUAAAUUACGUGAAGACCAUAUAGUCGUUUUGAGACAGGUAAAUUAAAAGGACCUAUUUCAGCAAGCAACAGCAGUGGCCCAUUCGCAGGACUCUGAACAGAAAAUGAAAGAUGAAAAAUUUAACAAAAUCAAAGACCUGUACGUUAAAUUACGUGAAGACCAUAUAGUCGUUUUGAGACAGAAAGGCGAAUUACAGAAAAAUGUAACAACUUGUAACAAACGAGUACAAGAGCUAGAGCAAAGUAUUGUUGAUUUGAGAGAUCAGAUGAAGGAAGUGGAACUUCACCAUGUUAAAGAACAAGAAAAGCUACAGCAGUCCUCUGUAGAGGUGUCUGAAGAAUUGGAAAAUUUGAGGAGAGAUAAAGACCUUUUUAAUAUGGAAACUGAAGUGUUACGGAAAAGCAUAGAAGAUGCAAACAGGGAUAAAAAUGCAUUAAACGAUGAAUUGAUAAAAGUCAAAGCCUACAAACAGGACAUUGAAGAACGAAUAAGUGACCUUUUGACCAGCAACGAAAAUCUACACAAGGAAAUAGAGCAAACGAGGUUGGAUAAUAUGGAUAAAAUCAAAGAAAUUCUCGUAAAAUCAAUGGAAGAGAGUGAAAUUAUAGUAAAGAGAUCAAUACAUGAAAUUGAUAAUCCUGCUUUGGCAGCAGUUACCUGUACCACCGACUACCUCCGAAGUCUAAAAGCUGGAUGUUUGGAAGCAUUAGAUUCAGCCCUCACAGUUUCCUUCGACAAACCCUCAAAUCUUGUAGCAUCGUCAUCUAGAAUAGCCCACAGACUAGCGACGUUUUUACUGCAAGGAAGAGCCACAUCUAACACUAGCCCAGACAUCAUGUUUGGAGAAAAAAUGGCUGAUGCUUGUAAACAACUUGGUGAAAGUACAAUUCUGGUUUUGGAGUCCCUUAGGAAGGGCCAAUCAGCUGAAAAAGAAGUGGAAUUGACGAAAGAACGACUAAAUGGGGUAUCUUCCCUUGCAGAGACCAUUAGCGGUUCCUUGAAGGGUGAAACAGCGGAAAGUUUAGCUGAUAUGAUAGAAAACGAAAUGGCUGCCAUGGAUAAAGCAAUUGAAGAGGCUGCGAAAUUAAUUCAGGAAAUGUUAAGCAAAUCUCGGGCUGCAGACUCAGGAAUAAAACUGGAGGUCAACGAAAAGAUCCUAGACUCUUGUACAACUCUCAUGCAGGCAAUUCGAAUUUUAGUACAAAAAGCAAGAUUUUUACAAAACGAAAUUGUUGCUCAAGGAAAGGGAACUGCAAGUGCAAAAGAAUUCUAUAAGAGGAACCAUCAGUGGACUGAUGGAUUUAUUUCAGCAGCCAAGGCAGUUGCUGUUGCAGCAAAAUUGUUACUUAAUGCGGCUGACAAAGCUGUUAGUGGACAGGGUAAGUUGGAGCAUUUGGUGGUAGCUGCCCAAGAAAUAAGCGCUUCAACCGCCCAGUUAGUGGUAGCUAGUCGCGUUAAGGCCAACAGAAACAGCGACAAUUUACAACAAUUGACGCAGGCGUCUAAGAGCGUUACGAACGCUACUGGAGGCGUCGUUGCAACAGUUAAAGACUGCAGUUCGCUCAUAGAUGAAGCAGAGGAACUUGAUACAUCGAAUAUGACGCUUCAUCAGGCGAAACGACUGGAAAUGGACGCUCAAGUACGUGUUUUAGAAUUAGAGAAAGAAUUAGAACAAGAAAGACUGCACCUGUCCGCUUUGAGGCGACGCCACUAUCAGUUGGCGGGGGAAGGAGAGGGAUGGGAACUGAUACCGAACAAAGCUAAUAAUUAACAAGUAAGUAAAAAAAAUUAUGUGAACGUGUUGUUAGAGUUUAAGUAACCCAAAGAAAUAAUUAAUAAUUAAGGAACCAACGUAAUAAAAAAAUAACGAUCAAUAAAAAUCAAUAACACACUACCAUUAAUUAAUGAAUCAAUUAUAUUAAUUAGGUUAUUGUUAUAUUUUUAUGUAUCUUAUAUAUAUAUAAGAAGCAGUCCGUAUUUCUUCGUACUCUUCAUCUAAUAUGAUGCAUAUGUAUUUAUUUACAUUUACAUAUAUAUAAGUUGAACUUUUUAUGUAUGUAUUUGUCUCGGUAUACAUAAUGUUGUUUUGUAUGUAUGUAUUUAAACAUUAAUUAUACACUAA